UUAACGUUUAUUUAUAUUUGGUAUGAUUCAUUUUUUUAGAAGGGGCGAUUACUGGGUUAUUUAUUUACAUUGCCAACAUGGAAGAUUUGGAACAAGCCGGUAUUGUAAGCAGAGAAAAGCAUCCUCAUUCUCUUCAACAAGAGGUUACCUAUGGAACUGCUGGCUUUAGAAUGAGGUGAGAAAUAAUGUGUUAUAUUAAUAUAAAGUGGAACAUGGCCCCAAGAAUUAUAUUUAAAUAUUUUUGAAUAGUAAUUUGAAACAGAAAAACAAAUAAAAUUACAACACAAACUCAAACACAGCAGGGAUUGGGAUUGUCACUGUAGUGUCCUCUAAGUCUACUCUGGGUCAAGGCUGGCCAACCCAAAUAGCUUCACUAUGUUGCACUAUGUACUCAACUCUUCAUGUCAUAAUAGACCUAAUAAAUAUAAUAAACACCUUAUUAACUCUUUCGAUGCGGAACAGCACACACUUCGUUCAUCCGCCGUUCUUAAAAGCACGGACCAGCACGCUCUGCGUUGUUUCAAUUUCAUGUUUGUUUCUUUGCUAUUUCUCAGUGAAACUUUUUAAGAGCUAUUUUUAAAUAAGACUUUUACAUAGAAGAGUGGUGCUUGAUAGUAAAGAUGAUUUAUAUUUAGAUCCAUCGGAUGAUUCCGAUAGUAGGAGGGAGUAGUUUUAGAGGAUUUGAGUUAUAGAAGUGAAGAUGAGCUAUGCGUACAUCAUAGGAUUUGGGGAAAAAAUGGUUUAGCAUAUAAUGAUUUCACAUUUUAUGGUUCUUUUCUGUAACUUAUUUUAUUUAAAAUGAAGAAAUAAGUUUACAAACAUAUUGUCCUUUCAAUUAUCUUUCAUUUGAUACCAAGUUUAGUCUUUUAAACCAAAAAGUAAUAUUUUAAAUAUUUUCUUAAUAAACCCAAUCUCUCACUCUUUUUUGCUCUUCGAAAAAUAAUGUACAUUUUUUCAAUAAAAAAAUUACGCCGCGAAAGAGUCAAGGCUGUUCAUAACUAUUUAACUUAUAAAAAUAUAUUUUAUUAGUGUUUGACUGUUUGACACAACUCCAGUGAUCAUUUGGUAGAUAAAAGGUUCUGGUCCUGUCACUUUGAUUGGAAGAGUUAGCAGAAAUUAAAAGCACUGAAGGCUUCCCAUCAAAAGUGUGGGAGGGGUCUUGGGAGCGGAGCUCGGUGAGACCCUCACUAGAACAUUUUUUUAUAAUGUCAAAAGCUAAAUCAAUUUUGAUUCGUGCCUGUGAACAAUUCUACGCUUAAUCAGAGAAUGAAAGAAAGUUGCUAGUGGAAAUUUCUGUGUUCCAGGACCUAGCUGUGCAUAUACAAAACCUAUAUUUUUUGUUGUUUCUAAAUAGUAUUGUAUACUUUUUUUAUUUAAGAAUCAAGCAACAAUUCAAAACAAUUUUCCAUUUCAAAAAGUUUAACAGCGCCUAACAUAAAAAAAAAUCUGCUGCACAUCUUAAGUGACUUUGUAUCUUUUCAUCAGAUUAUAAAGAACAAAAUAUGCUCUUCAUGAAUUUGAUUUUUGAAGAAAUUAAAUAUUGCGAAACAACUAUCAAAUGCACCUAAUAUCUUUUUUAAUUCAUCACAAUAUUUUCGAAAAUUCUUCCUUGUAAUGAAGCUAUUCACAAACUGAAAUGUAUAGAUAGUAUUAUAAUUUCUAAGUUUUUUAAAACUAUAAAUUUGCCCCUAAACGUUCACACAACUUUUCUCCGACAUAUCCACACUUAUGACACAUAUGGAUAGUAAUGAUAGUGGGCACAUAUAAGAUUAUAGAUUCUGAUAUAGGUCCAUUUUAAUGAAUGUAUAAAAUAAAUUGUAUGGAUUUAAUUGUCACUUAUAUUAUCUGUUAAAGAGAAAAGGAUGGGCACAAGUCUCUCACAAAAACCAAGAUCACAAGAACAGAAAGCAGGAGACAUUAGCUAAUGCUUCUAAAUUUUUAUUUUGUCUUCAAAACACACAUUGUUUGUUUCUUAUUAAUUGCUUUCCAAACCUCUUAUAAUUUAAUAGUCUUUGAAGGAAAGAUAUAAUUAGAAGCUCUAAAAUACAAUCACUGGUCAAUAACUUUUAUCAUUUACAAUGGUAAAAUACCAUAUUACCCUAAGAUUCUAUAGAUGGGUUUAGGCUGAAGGCCACAUGCCCAAAUGGCUGCUGGAUAUUAUUGAUGAUGUUUAAAGAUGGGUAAUGUUGGUAAUAUUCUAAUAUUAUAUUUUUUUGUUUUUAGUAAUUUAAUGGAGCUUAAUUUUUUUUAGUUCUAGUACUAUUAAUUUAAUUUUAAUGUUAAGGUGCAGGUGUUCAUGAUGCUCAUGACUAUUAAUAUCAUCCGUGAUUUUAUCAAUGAUCCAAUCCAAUGAUACCAUAAUCAUGUAUUGUCAAUUUCUUUUCUUUAAAUUAGUUAAAUUAUAAGAAUAGUAUAAUUGUGUAUUAAAAUAUCAACUCAUAUCUGUGGCCUGUGUAAAAACUAACCUUUAUCCACUAUUCUACAUUCUUUUUAUACCCCACAUCACAUUAUCACUCACUCGAGUUCUCCAACCAAUAUUCACACAUUUAAGUUUAAACAUUCAUGAAUACAACUCACCACAUCCAUUCAUACAACAUGACAACAACACAAGACAAUCAGGUCACAAAGUUCAAUCAAUACACACUACACAAAUUCUCGUAAGUCACUCAUACUGUCACAAAUAGGUACCAAUAAAAAAUACAUUUUUUUAUGCUUUUGAGCCUGGAGUAAAGGAAAUUUAAAUCAGUUGACAACAUUCAACUUGGACCUUAGGGUAUAUGCCUCAGCCAAUACCUUUUUUUUAAGGUUAUGAAAUAAAAAGCAUUGAAAACGGCACUUAAAUAAUUUAAUCUUAGUAACUCUUGGAUUGAAAACCCACAGUUAAAGUUCAUUCAUUGCUUGCAAAUAUGAAUGAGUCAAUGAAUCAGAUUGUUACCUUUCUGAAGCAGUGUGUCAAAAACUUAACCCUGGAGCAGAUGGGUGUAGGGCAAAAGCUUAAAUGCCUCUGUAAAAGACGAGUGCAUAUUUUUUCCCAACCAGAGAUGUCACUUAGGUUAUAUUCUUCCUAUAACAUAACUCCAAGAAGUUAAGAGAUAUGGGACUGUUGAUAUUUAAAUCUACUCUUAAAGUACUGAAACAUGACUUACCAUAACUAAUAUACAACAAUGUAGUAGACAGUGAAUAGUGUACUCUCUGCUCUACUUGUCAUUUGGGCUUGCACCCUUCAGACUUUCACUUCUCUUGAAUUUUUAAAAAUUUCUUCAAAGUUGGUAAAAAAAAGGUUUUCUAUACAUUAUUGAUCUCAGAAUGAAACUAUAAACUAACAAGUCAAUGUUUUUUUCUAAAUAUGUAUAUUUUUUAAAACUGAUAUUCAAAUAAAAGUAUUUAGAUUUGUUCAAGAAAAAACAACUCUGAUCUGAAUAUUUGAUUACAUUAGAUGGAAAAACUAAAACAUUGCUGGGACACUGAGUAUACACCUAGCACUCUAUCCAUUUCAGAAGUUCCUGGGCCUACCUUAUAGCCACUGUUAUAAUUAUUUUAAUCAUUAUCAAUGCUUUCUUCCAAAUUAAACUUUCAUUUGCUGAAGUAACACAUAAAUGCAUUCCACAUUUUAAGAAGAAUUAUCUUAAAUAGAAGGAUGCAUAUUUUUUUGUGCAUAUAUAUUUGGGAAUAAUUAGAAAAUAACUCUAACCAACGUUUGUUUCAAGACUAUUUCAAUAUGAUCACUAAUUUAUCCUUGGCAUUGUAGGGCUGAAAACCUUGAUCAUAUUGUGUAUCGGAUGGGGCUUCUGUCUGUGUUAUUUUCUAAGUUCCGUUCUGGUAGGUAUUUUUCAUAAUUGUUAAAAUAUUUGCUGUGUACUACAAUAUUAUUUAGAAAAUAUGAAUAAUUUUUGCUUGUUUAUAGUCAGUGAUACAAUUUAAAAAAAUCCACCAAAUUAUUAUAUUUUAAAAAAGCAUUCACCAAUUAUUCUAAAUUAAUUUGAUAGAAAUUGCAAUUGCAACUUUACUAUAAAAAAUUACAUUUUUUCCAUGACAUUUUAACGUUUUAGCUCAUGUCUUAUUGUCUGACAAGCAAAGACAGGCACAUUUUUUCUUGAGAAAGAUGACUCAUUCCUUUAAUUUAAAGUGACAAAAACAAAAAUAAAAUUUUAUAGGUGUGACAGGAAUUAUGAUCACAGCCUCUCACAAUCCUGAAGAGGACAAUGGUGUUAAAUUGAUUGACACAAUGGGGGAAAUGAUGCCAAUAUCCUGGGAGAAACAUGCCACUGACCUGGCUAAUGUUAGGUAAGUUUAUACAAUUCUUGAUCUAUUUUAUCAACAAGGUCUUCAGGUCAUAAUAUUGUCAUAUCUAUAAUUUGAGAAGCUUGGGUCGAUAAGAUAUGAAAGGUAAAUAAAAUUUAGCUAAGGGAACAUCUUUUGAUAAGUGCUAUCUUAAAAUUACACCCAAUUAAUUAAUGUUAGUAUUCAGUAAUAAUGGAAACAAAAUUCCCACUGAUAAAGUCAGAAAUUGGUAGCUGGGUGAAUGGUAAUAGUUAUAUCAUACUGAAGCAGUGAUAACCCUUUGGACAAUUUUUGUAAUUAAUUAAUGACUUAAUAAAUAUUGUUAGAUUUGUAUGCAAAAACAUUAAAGCCUUCUAAUCAUUAUCAUAAAUAAUAAAAUACCAUACGAUUCAAUAUAUUUUUAAUGAAGUUCUUUCUCACAUUAAAUUCUUACUGUGCUUUGUAUACCUUUUAAACGUGGACCGUCUAUCAACACCAAGCAAAAAUGUUCAACCACUUUCAUAUGACAAGUCUCAGAAAAAUCCUAAACACCAAAAGGAAGGACAGGGGUCUAGACACUGGGUACUUUCACAGGCAGGCCUCCCCAGCAUAUUUACCACCUAAAUGCAUGUUGUGGGACAUUUUGUGCGAAUUUCAGAUAAUGGCUUGCCCAAAAGAAUAUUCUAUGGUGAGCUUGAGCAUUGAAGGUAGUUUGCUGGUGUUCAGAAGAAAUGCUUUAAAACACCCUUAAAGCCUCACUGAAAGCAUUCAAUGUAGACACUGACACAUCUGAAGAAGCAGCAUUGUGAUGUUCCUUUGCAUACAACCUGAAGCCAACAGAACAGUGGCCGCAGAGCACAAAAGACAUGCCAAAAAAGCCUGGGUUAACUUUGCACCUGGAGAUGUCCAAUCAGUCCCCUGCACUUAUUGGACAAGAACAUUUCAUGCCAUAAUUGGCUUCAUCAGCCAUCUGUGUAGCCGCACCCAAGUUUACAAUUAGCAUAUACAACGGUUAAUUUGUUCAAAGUUGAUUUCAAUUAAUAAACUAUUAUACUACAUUAUUACAGUAAAACAGGCUCAGAAAUAUUUGAGAGUUAAAAGUGUUUGACUCAUUAUGUAUGGUUUUUAUUCAUGUUAUUUCAUUGUAAUCUUACUCCAGAAAAUAUCAGAAACAAAUGGAAAUAAAUUCCAACCUGAAUGCAUAUUUACAUCUUAGCUACUUAAAAACUUAUGGACUUACAAGUGAAUGGUUGAAAACUAACUGAAAAAUUAUUUUUAUUUGUUUUUUUAAAACAAAUGUUAUUAAUAGAUUAUUAAGUUUUGGUAAGCCUUUGUUUUGUGUCUUUAUUUAGUGACCAUCAGUUAGUUGAGGCUCUAAAAGAAAUAGUCAAAUCAGAAGCCAUUGACAUUACAAAACCAGGAAUUGUAUCAGUUGGCAUGGACACAAGGUGAGUGAGCAUUAUUUUUAUCUAUCAGUUUAAAUCCAAUGGGUUAAUUGAAGUGGAAGAUCUCAGAGAAUAAAAAUAAAUUAAAACUGUUUUAUAAUAUUUGUUGCAUAAAACAGAUAUAGACUUGUCAAUAAUUUUUUAACACUAAACCCUUUCUACCCGUCCAUAAUGAAAAUUUUAGAAUCAGCAGCCCAGCAUUGUCACAGGCAGCCAUUGAUGGCAUUAAGGCUCUCAAUGGGGAGUGUCAUAACUUUGGUAAGCUAGAAGUUCUGUUAAUGUUUUUUGCACUAGAACUUUGUUAAAUAACGUGUCUUAUUUUGACUCAGUAUUUUUUAUGAUAUUGCACAACGUGCCUUUGAAAGUUUAAGAAAUGAAAUUUUGAAACCAUUCUAUCAAAAAUGGAUUACAACUAUAAAUGAAAUAAGAUGAAUUUUUGAAGGAUUAAUGCAUACAAGUUAAUCAAUUAUAUUAAGUUGUAUCAUGGUAUUGAAUAGUUACUUAAAAUAAUAGAAUUACAUGAUAUCUGAUCAUGACUAAUUAAAAUAUUUAUGAUUAAAUCAACCAGGUCUCCUAACAACACCACAGUUACAUUACAUUGUUUGCUGUGAAAACACUCAAGGUAGUUAUGGAGACCCAACUGAAGAAGGAUAUUACAAUAAACUAGCUACUGCUUUUGUCAAACUGAACAAGGUAUAACAUAACAAUUAUCUAUACUAUAAGUAUCUUAGUUUGAUCUGUUUUUCAUCUGCUCAACAUUUCACAUAUUAUCUGCUUUGCCUCUUGCAGUCCAAUAACCUUGAGUUUGUCAUUUCUGUUGUAACAGAUUAUUAUCUUGUAAAUGUCUACUUUUCAGAGUUUUAAAUUGAAUAUAUUUUUCUCCUUGUUUCAUUAUUAUAAAUCUGAAAAAUAAAUGGGAAAUUUAUUCAUUUCUUGCAGAAAGUGUUUCAUAUUAUGAUUUUCCUGAAGCUUUGUAAUUAAUUAUUCAUAAAUUUUAGCUCCAAAACUUAGCAUUUUUUAAAAACAAUUUAUUGAAAAUACUCUGAUAGAAAAUGUUUCUUUUUUUUUUAAGAAGUCUGGCAACCUUGGCAAUUAAUGUUUCAUCCUCUUACAAGUUUAUGUUCAGAGAUAAAAUUACAAAUGAAAAUGUUAUCAGACUUAUAAUUUUAAUUGUGCAUAUGGUUGGUGCACAUUUACUAAGUUCUGAAUUUAUUUGAGUCAUUUAUAUAUUAUAUCACACUGUCACAUUUUAAAAAAUCACAUCAUACAAUCUAUUUUAUGCUUAAACCCAUCAAUAAAUGUGUAGCGUGCCUCGUAAUUGAUCCAUGUUUGAUUUUCUGGUGAUGCAAAUUUUUUCCUAUCUCCUUUUAUUAAAAAAAAAUAUAUAUGUAAAUACGACAUAAAAAUGUAUUUUAGACCAUAAAUGAAAUUGUUCACAAAAAAGAAGUAAAAUUAAACAAUAUUAAUGUCCGAAAAGUAUGUUUUUUUCAAUACUUUUGUUGGUUCAUUUCUAGUUAGCUAUGUCUACUUGUAUCUAAUGAUAAUGUUUUUAUUCAUUCUAAUGUAAAUUUUUGCUUUCAGGACAAGAAAUGUGUAAAUUAUGUUUCCCAACUUUUCCUAGAUCUAGCUAAUGGAGUUGGAGCUCCCAAAGUUCGUGAACUAUUGAAACAUUUAAAUGGUUCACUGAAUAUUAACUUGUGUAAUGAUGGCUCAUCUGGUAAAUUAAACCACCAAGUUAGUAUUUUAUAUAAUUUAAAUAAUAAAGAGAAAGUACAUAUCAAAGUUAUAUUAAAAAAAAUAGUGUGUUACACUGACCGUAAAAACAAAAAACUACUUCUCUCCCCUUUUUUUGUUUUGAUAUUGACAUCACUGAUAAAAUUCUGGGAAAGUAACAUUGAUUAGAAUAAGGAGAUGUCAUCAGUGCUACCCUGUCCUGCAAAAGUCAGACGAAUGUGCAUAUAGAUAAUAUGCUAGUUAUGAUGUAACUAUCAACAUUCAAAAAGUUGAAAUUUUGUAUAGUAACUGAAAGUCUGAUUAUUUUUUUUCCUUUUUAGAGUUAAAGCCUUUCCAAUAGAAGCCUUAUUAAAUUUCAGACUAAUUAUUUUUUUUUUUUAAAUUUUGUACAUAAUCUAAAAAUAAUUAUUAUGUUUAUACUUAACUUAGCAGAGUGGGAUGGCUGUUUUAGGACCCUAUCUUCUGUUUUCUCGAGCAUCAUCUGUUUAAUUACCAGCCCUGAUGGCCAAAAAUACUCUUGUUUUCAAUAAACAUUUUAUCAUUUUUCAUUUUAAAUGUGUUUUAAUAUUUCUUUACAAAUAUAUAUUCAAUUUAUCUAAGCCUGGCUUGAUAGUUGUAACUUUGAGUGUUGAUCAAAGAAAUGAUAUUAUUUCAAUAAUGUUUUAGAUAAUUCACAUUUUUUUCUCUGCUAGUGUGGUGCAGACUUUGUCAAGGUUUGUCAGGCUCCUCCAGUAGGUAAGCAGUUUAUUAUUCUGUUGUGCUGGAAAAUCUCAUUAACAUAUUAAAUCUAAAUUUCAAUUACUUCCGUAUCAAAUCAGUUAAGUCUUAAGCCUAUAUGUCUAUGCCAUCCACAUAAAGUUCAAGCUUCUCCUACAGGUUGAAGUGCUAGAUACCUGUUAAUUUUAAAAUUGAAGAAACUCAUUUAGUGCAGUUAUAUGGAAAUUUAUUUUAUUAAAUCAGUGGAAUCAUAUUUCCUUCUCAUUCUCCUUUAAAAAGAGGAAAACCUUAUUUUUGGCAGUUGGGGGAUGGGGCUGAAAAUUUGAUAGAAUGCGUUGUCAUUGGCAAUGAGUCUAUGUGCCAAGUUUCAGUUUGAAGAUUUUACCCUACUCACACAAAAGUGAAGUUAAUUUAAAGGAUUUAAAAAUAGAGCUAAUUUUGUUUGUCAUUAAAUGUCCAAUCUAUAAAAACAAAAUUAGCUCUAUUGAUCAAUUUAAUUUUUAAAAAUAUUUAAUUUAUUGGUGGAACUGUGUGUUUUGUGGCAUUACCUACUGAAUAGAACUAGUUGACUGAAAGUGUAAUAAAACCCUACAUUUUAAUAGCAGUCAAUUAUUGAAUUAGUAUAAAUACAUAGUAAAUAUUAUAGUAUAUAAGAUUUAUAAUUUUUGCAUGUUUAAAGCUUAAAAUAUCUUUUAGACAGUUAAUGAAAAUGAUAAAACGUGGAACAUAUCUGUUUUAAUCAUUUGUAACUGCAGGAGUGAAUUUAGAACCAGGAAUGAGAUGUGCUUCUUUUGAUGGAGAUGGAGAUAGGAUUGUUUAUUACUAUAAAACAUCUGAAGGGAAGUUCUCUCUUCUUGAUGGAGACAAGAUAGCCACACUGGUCAGUUGAGGCUUUUCAUUGUUGUUUAUUGUACUUUACAAAUAUCAAUGGUGCUCUUUAGAGCUAUAUUUUUAAAUGUAUAGAAAUAGAAUUCAGCGUUAAUUGGGGUUUGUUUCAGCAAAUAACAUUGCUUUACAUGCUCAAAUUGACACAGUUGGUUAUUUUCUCAAUAUUUACACCUUUUGUCAGCUAAAUGUAAUGAUGGUAGUAGUGAAAGUUUGAUGAUUUAGCAUAGCUAUAUAAGGUUAACUGCACACUCAAGGGCAGGAUAAAAUGCCUAAUAAUACAGGGGUUUUGGAACAUGCCAAAAUGUGCAGCAUAUUAACCACUAUUAGUAAGAGAUGCCUUUGCUUAUUAGGCCAUAUAAGGAGAAUGGAAGACAAUAAUAUUCUGAAGGACCUGCUGUAUGGUGAAUUGAGAGAAGGGGAAGACUUACUGGAAUGCCAUUGCUGGGGUACGAAGAUGUAUCUAAAAGAAGUUAUGGGAAGCCAACUCUGAAAUUGGCAAAUGGAAGAUCAUCGCUGAUCACUAUUGCUGUUGGUGAGCAGAAAUGAAUUAUGGAAUUAAACAGGUAGAAGAUGCCCAAAACAAAGCUUUUGCAAACAUUAAAACACACUUUUCAUAAGGCCAGGGUUUCCAGAUGUGCAGCCGAUAUUAAAUCCUGCUAAUCCCGGAUCAGCAUCAUGAGCCAUCCAGGACUGUUAUUAGUGUUAUAGCAUGUGUCUUGACCUAAUUUUACGUCAACAUAGAGCUAAAGCAUCAACUACUCCUCUCCCUCUUUUUUGUUUUGAUAUGGACAUCACUAAUUAAAUGUGUAGCGCUGUACCAACGCCACCCCUCCCUUGAGAAGGUAAAGGUUGUUUACGUUCUAUUAGUUUUGAAGAAUGCUAUCGGGUGAUGCAAUUUCUUUUCUGGAGAGUACCAACUUUCUCCCUAAGAAUAAGGAAGAGAUAAGUCGGGAUAGAGAUUUCUCCUAUUUUUCAUAGACAUUAAUAUAUUUACAAGAUUAAAUCCUUAGUGUGUGUGUAAAUUAAUUUUUGUAUCUUUUGAGGAUUUUACUUUUUCACUUCCUGUACUGUAAAUUUGUAUAUUUUUUUAUUUUUGUCUAUUUGAAUUUGUAUUCUCUAUAUAAAUUUAAAUGAAAGAAAAAUUAAAUUGUAUAUUGUUAAUAUUGUUAAAAUAGCUUUGGUAUAGUUUUUCCUUGUAUACUUGUUUUCAGUCCUGUGUUAUAUGUUGUUAAAAAAAACUGGCCACAUCUUAAUGCAGAUUAAAUUUACAAAAACCAUAUAACAGGCAAAUAACACUACUCCAUUGUCUCACCAACAAGGAAGAAUGCCAACAAAAACAAUAAGGUUAAACUGUGAUACUCAACAACUUUUCAUCAGCUGUUAUUUUAAAAUCUUGUCUAUUUUGUUCCAGUUUGCUGCUUAUUUGAAUGAACUUGUCAAGUCUAGCCAGCUGAAGCUUGAUAUGGGAUUAGUGCAAACAGCUUAUGCUAAUGGUAGCUCCACUGCCUACAUAACAGAUGUUAUGGUACACUUUAAUUUGAUCCUUACUGUUAUUUAUUGUUGAUAUUCUACUCAUGCUGACUCAUUUACUCUUAACUUAAAACGCCCAGGGUACUCAGAGACUAAUUUACAAUUCAAACUAAUAGUUGAUUUUUUUAAUGCUCUAGAUAAUAUAAUUUUUUAUCUAUAUUUUAUAGUACUGGUUACUCAGUUUGAUAACAUUUAAUUCAAUUUUUUUCAAAGUUUUAAAAUAGAAAAAUAUUCCAAAGUUUAGGUUUGGACAUGAGUAAAACAAAUUAAGGUCAAACCUGAAAAAAGGAACGCAACAAAACAACAAACGUGUCAGCAGGAAGCCUUUGUCAGCAAACAAACAACAGAAAAACACAGAAUAAAAUUAAAAAAUAGCACUUAGCUGAGAAGUAGCUUAAGUUUGCUUUUUAAUAAUUAAAGCAGUGCUGGCACAUGUUUCUUGUCUGUCUCUUUAUUUUUUUACUGUUAUUGGCUUUUUGGCAGAAAUGUCCACUUUUUGUAUUGUCCUUCUUCUUCAGGUUUUCCUCUACCCUAUGUACACUUAUUGCUUCAACCUGAACGCAGUCAUCACCAUAUUUCUCUUAUAAUAUUCUUUCUCCAGAAAGUUCCAGUGGCUUGUGUACCAACAGGUGUAAAAUACCUACAUCACAAAGCUCAAGAUUUUGACAUCGGGGUUUAUUUUGAGGCUAAUGGUCAUGGAACAGUAAGUGCUUGUUUACACUUUUAUGGUAUUUGUUCAUUAUCAUAUCUUAAAAAAUAGGUUGAACAGAGAACAUUUAUUCAGAAAUUGUUAGUAAGAUAGUUUGUUUUACUGUUAUAAUUUAUGAAAUUAUUAUUUCAAAAGGAUCAACUAUAAUAAGUCAAAACAAUUUUCAUCAGGAAGCUAAUAUUAGCUUUAAAUUUAAGAUUUAUUGUUGAUGGUUAAACCAUUAGAAAACAUGGUGUGUAAUUUAAAAUAAAUUAAGUUCUAAGAACCUAAUUUUACCACUUUGAUAUAAUAUACCUUGUAAUUUAUAUAUGAAUAAUUUUUACAUUCACAUUUGACUUAAAUAUAAUCUGUUUAAAAACAUUUCAGGUUUUGUUUAGUGAAAGUGCUAGAAAAUUAAUUGUAAACCAAGCUUCAAAUAGUAGGUAUGUUUGCCUAGUUGUUUUUCUAUGUAACAUUUUUUUUUAAAAAUGGACAUGUUUUUAAAAAAAGUAUGUGAUCAAAUUUUAAUUUCUUGCUGUCUGAAGUUUUCUGGGUAUUUACAAAACAUGUAUUAUUUAUAUUGUUCCAACUACAGCCAUACUCUUAAGCUAGUCUGAUAUCUUUUGUUAAAAUUUGAUUCAGUCUUUCUAAUGAUUCAAAAAUGAUUAAAACUGCUAGAUCUUUUCCAUACCUGUACAUAUUUACUCUUAUUUUAAAAAGGAAUGUACCUAAUAUAUUCUAAUUGUGACAAUAUUCAAAUCUACUCUUACAAAAUAUUUGUCUUAAUUUGUAAGCAUCAAACUAAAAUAUGCAUUUAUUAUCAAAGUUUGUCAAUAUCUAUUAAAUUUAAACAUUAAGUUUAAAAUUAUGGAAAUUUAUUAAUAAUAUUAUUAAUAUACAAUAUGAAAAUGAUCUAUCUUUUCAUUAUAAUUAAAUAAUUGGAAUAAAUUUGUAAAAAGGAACUUAAUAACUACUAUUAACUAGUGUAUAUAAUGUAUCCUACUACCUAUUUUAUUCUAGUCUUGACAAAGUCACUAAGGAAGCAGCUGAUAGACUGGCCACAGUUAUGGACCUCAUCAAUCAGGUGCAAGAGUUAAUUCUUGUUUAUCCUUAGUUAUCAUUCGUUCAACGUGAUUUCAAAGUCUUCCAAAUUUAGCUUUAUUUUUUUCAAUUCCUGUGAUUUUGCAUUGUGACAUUAUGUGGGAAAUCUCAAUAUAAUUUAUACUUUAAUAAUUUUUAUGAAUAGAGGCUCCAUUACUCAGUCCCAUUAUUUAUUUACUUCAGGAAAGGUAUUUGGUUAAGAGUUUAUUAUUGUAUUCUAAAAAACUGCUGUAGGAUUGUUUUCUCAUUGUACCGUGAGCAGGUUGAUUGAAAUUCCAUUUUCAUCCCAAUAUAUUGUGAAUCUAUCAUACUUAAGGGUCUUAUAUUUUUUCCUAGUCCAUUGCUUUGAGUGAUUCCAGGCACUCUCUAUCUCUUGGUUAUUGGGAAGAAACAAUACCACUGUUUAAAAACAGUUGGUUCUAAUCAUGACAGUGAACUGUGUAAUGCUUUAAUUGUGGUGAGUUCAUCAAUAUGAUGCAGAGUUUGAGAAAAAAUGUGAAUGAAAAUUAAUCAUCUUUAUUUCUUGAACAUUUAUUCAUUUCUUUGUCUCAUACAGACUGUAGGGGAUGCCAUAUCAGAUAUGUUAGUUGUUGAGACUAUCUUAGCCAGUAGAGACUGGACAUGUCAGGACUGGGACUCUGCAUACACUGACCUUCCUUCCAGGCAGAUUAAAGUCAAGGUGAAAUAUAUGAAAAAUAUAAACAAGUAGAACUGUCAUUGGCUGAAUUGAGAUGUUCACUGGCUAUUCUAUGAAUUAACUACACACACCAAUUAUCAAAUAAAAUAUAAAUAAGAAGAACUUUCACAGGUAUAAUUUUGAAUAAAGAAAAUAUUAAAAUGUGUUGUAUCAAAACCAAAUUUUUAAACAAAUUGUUUUCUUGAAGCCUCAAGAGGUGAAAAGGGCAACAACAUAAUCAAAUAAACAUAAUUUCUCAACCUUUCAUUUUGUUUGUAGAUGAAAGCAACAUAUCUUUUUUUAAAGCUUUAGGUAGUUUAAACAUUUUAAGUUGAAUUUUGAGGUAACUGCAGGAGGUUUUAUUGUUAAAGAUAUUUUGACUAGGUUGAAAAUCGCUUACUGGUUGAGACUACAGAUGCUGAGAGGAGAACAACCAAGCCACCAGGGCUUCAAGAAGCUAUUGAUGAAAUUGUAUCAAAUUAUAAACAUGGCAGGGCAUUUGCACGGUAAGAAUUUAUUGAAACAUUCUCAAUCUAUAAGUAUAACUGAUUUUGUAAGAUGUAAACUGUAUUUUAUUGGUAAUUCAAACUGUGAUUGAAUAGAAGUAGUAAAAGUUAUAUGUAAGUGAAUUAUUUUUUAAGACAACAUUCUGUGGUUUUUUAUCUGAUAAAAUUUAUUUCAGACCAUCUGGAACAGAAGAUGUUGUCAGGGUAUAUGCCGAAGCAGACACACAGGUAUAGUAGCAAUCAUUAACAGAAAAAUUUUUAAAAAUUAAUUUACCCAUUCUCUCUUUAACUUUUCCUGUACCAUUUACUGUAAUGAUGUUUACAAUAUGUAUAUAUCAGAAAUGAUCAGGAUUAAGGAUCAGAUUUGAAAUAUCUAAUGAAGACCACUUUGCUAAAUCUUAUACAUGGUCGUUGGGAUAUAAAAAUAAAGGGGGAUGGUGCUUCUGUGAUUUCAUCAUUGGUGUAAAAAUCCCAUUUUUACAGACAGCUGCAAAUUAAUCUUUUCUAAUUUUCCACAGGCCAAUGCUGAUAAGCUUGCAUACGAAGUUGGAAUGCAAGUAUACAAGCUGGCAAGAGGAACUGGAGAACUUCCCUCCUUACCACAAUAAUAAUUGAUUUGAUAUUUUAAGAGGGAAGAAAAACUAAAUGUUGAGAGAAAGAAACAAAUUGUGCCUAAUUUUGCUUUCAUGCAGAAUUUAAAAUGUGUGACAAAUAUUUUUAACAUGUAAACAGCAUUAACAAUGACAAUAUAAUGAAUUUUUCAUAAUUACUUUUUGUGUACCGUACCAUUUACUCUAAAUUCUACUUAAUUGAUUUUGGACAGUUUAUUGUAGUUUAUGCACAUAAACUGUCUAAAGAUACCUUCAUGAUUAAUAUAUUUUGGAUAAGUCCCUUUUAAUUACAUUUAUGUGAAUUGUCAAUUUAACAAACACUAACAUUGAAAUACCCAGUAUUCAAUAUUUUUUAAUGACAUUAUUAAAUUAUGCCAGCAGAGUCUAAGAAAUAAUUUUAUACACAGAUUCCAUAUUUCUUUUACUACAUGCAGUGCUUGUUGAAUGUAUUCAGAAAUGUGAACCAUAUUUGAUUUCAUGAUUAACUCUUUGAAGCUUAUUUUUUUAAUACUGUGGAACUUAAUGUUUGCGCCAUAUUUAUUUUCCACUUUAAAAAAAAUCACUUUGAUUUUUAGUUAACAAAUUUAAGUUAUUCCCGAAAAAUAAACUCUCUACUGAGUUGUUUAUUCAUCCCAGAUACCUAAGAUCAGCUUAAUCAGGGCUAAUUCUUUCCCUCAAUGUUACUAUUGUAGAACCAAAAGAUUAAUUUAUAUUUGUUCCCCAAUAGAUCAGAAGUUACCAGUUUUUCCUAUCUACGACCUGAAAAUGAAUAUGUACAACGCAAUCAAAAAAGCAUUUCUUUUAUGUGUGCCAGAAAAUUCAGCACUUUAAAGGAAAGUUCUGUUGAUCCAUUUUGAAAAAAAAUUAAUUCAUUUCCUUUCAGCUUUUCUAUUCUUAUUUUUAAUUGAGCAAAAACAAUUUAUUUUUAAAUUCCAUUGAUGUAUAUAUAUUUCAAAUCAGUCAUUCUUUUUUAAAUACUUUUAACCCACUCACAGGAACCAAUUGAAAACAAUUUUCAAGCUAAUUUAAAUAUUUGUUAUUAAAUACUUGUUCAUUUGUUACAUAUAACUAUGACAUAAAAUACUUAAUAUAAUACUAUGUUGUUACUGAUAAAAAAAACAUGUUGUGAUGGGAAAACUAUGGGAUCAAAGGUGAUGGUGAUUUAAUUAUAUUCUAACUAAAAAAAACUUUUUUAAAAUGUGCAUGACUUGUUUGUUUUUUAAAAUCUUCUAUAACUAUAACAUGAAAUAUGACACUAAAAAGUACAUACAUUUUUAUAGACAUUUUAAUGAUGCGUUUCCCGCAAUGUAAUAUUUCCUUUUUUUAAACAUUUGCCAUAAUGUAGCAACACUUUCUUUCAAAAUUAAUCAUGCA